GAUUUAAUUCGGACCCACACGGUUUUAUUGAGCGAUUAUUGCGAAUCAGGCACUGAGUGUACUUUAGUUGGGGAAACAUGUGAUGAAGCCGGGACAAGCCAUCCCACGUUUCUGCGUCUAGGGUAGCCUGUCCAGAUCCCGACGGGCCGGUGGUCUCCUGGGUACGUUUCCGUAGAGAGCCGAAGGGCUUCAGGGAUUAUGCUCUCCCAGUUUCUCCUGAGAGCGGACACCUUGGCUUCUUGCCUCUGCCGCCCCUAUGAAGUCCCACCGCAACUCCUCUCCAGGCAGCAUGCCCGGACCCUCUGGUACGACAGGCCCAAGUAUGUGUUCAUGGAAUUUUGUGUCGAGGACAGCACCGAUGUCCAUGUGCUCAUCGAAGACCAUCGCAUUGUAUUCAGCUGCAAGAAUGCCGAUGGUGUGGAGAUGUACAAUGAGAUCGAGUUCUAUGCCAAGGUGAACUGCAAGGACUCCCAGGAUAAGCGCUCUUGCCGCUCCAUUACUUGCUUUGUGAGGAAAUGGAAGGAAAAGGUGGCCUGGCCCCGGCUCACCAAAGAGGAUAACAAGCCAGUGUGGCUCUCUGUGGACUUUGAUAACUGGAGAGACUGGGAAGGAGAUGAAGAGGUGGAGCUUGCUCAGGUGGAACAUUAUGCAGAGCUGUUGAAGAAAGUCAGCACCAAGAAACCUCCCCCUGCCAUGGAUGACCUGGAUGAUGAUUCUGACAGUGCUGAAGCAACAAGUACUUAAUAUUCAGUGACAGCAGAGAUGGGCAGGAAGCUGUGGCUGUGUUCCAGUUACCGUGAAAAGCUACGGCUGGGUCUUUGCCAGCUCUUUAGCUGUGCACCAGCGUCCUCUGAACUUUCCUAGAAGCUCUUGAUUCAGGGUCCUCCUUCAUGAUUUGUUUCUUCUUUCUAGACACUUGACUUUGUCUGCUGCAUCAGAUGACAGCAUAGGAGAGGAGUCGACUAGUGGGUGCUGACUUCCUACCAACUGGCUGUAAUCUUUGUGUUUGAGCCCCUCAGUAUUUAAGCAUGUGUGUGGAACUGAUAGAGCAAAAGCCAAAGAAGCAGUCUUUAGAUUAUAAUAAAUCUCCAGGAACUGUUCU